AUGGCGUCCCAACAGCAACAACAAGGCGGACAAAUCGACCUCGCCCAACUCCCCAUCCCGCAACUCCGCGAACUAAAAUCCCAACUCGACGCCGAACUCACCCACCUCUCCACAUCCUUCCAAUCGCUGCGGACCGCGCAAUCAAAAUUCCGCGAUUGCAUCGCCUCCCUAACAACCGCCUUCCCCCCAACACCCCCCUCAACCCCACCCACACUGCUCGUACCCCUAACGUCCUCGCUCUACGUCCCCGGCCACCUCACCGACCACAAGCACGUGCUCGUCGACGUAGGCACGGGCUUUUUCGUGGAGAAGGAGAUUGCGGAUGCGAAAGAUUUCUACGAGCGCAAGGUGAAAGAUUUGGGCGAGAGUUUGAAGGAUCUGGAGGGCGUGGUGGAGGGGAAGGCGAGGAAUGUGAGGAUGGUGGAGGAGGUCAUGAGGAUUAAGGUUAUGAAUGCGCAGAGCCAGGAGGGUAAGGAGGGGGAGAGCAGCGGAUGA